AUGAUUUACAUGGACCGUGUGGGUCCUGGUGUGAUAGGUGAUAGGAAUAUAUUUCAGUACCCCAAAUGCCAUUGCAACGAUGGUUUAUUGCAUCGGGCGUUUAGCUUGUUUAUAUUUCGCGAAUCACCUUCAAUUCCUGGUUCACUGGAACUCUUACUUCAACAACGUUCUGCGUCGAAGCUCACUUUUCCCUUAUUAUGGACCAACAGCUGUUGUAGUCAUCCCUGUGCCAAUUAUGAUGGUGAAACUGAGGAGACUAGUGCUCUCGGUGUAAGACGUGCGGCCCGACGUAAGGCACAACAAGAGCUUGGAAUUGACAUCACUAGGUGCUUGGCCGUCGAAGAUAUUUUCUUCUUAACACGUCUUAUUUACUCAGCCGCCAAUGAGCCUAAGGAUAAUAGGUGGUGUGAGCGGGAAGUCGACUACCUUUUGGUCAGUGUUCUUCCCCCAAACCUGUCUCUUUGUUUGCAUAUGGCUCCCAAUGUCGACGAAGUUGCCGCAACUGCAUGGUCGGAUCUUGUUUCCCUCGAAUCCUUGGUUAAGAAAAAUUCCCACUGCUAUACACCAUGGUUUCGGAAAAUCGAAAUGACAUUGGGUGGAUCUGGAACACCAACGCGCCGUGGAGCCUCUCUUAUUGGCAGUUCGUCAUCUGUGGACGAUGGAACCAACCAGAAUAGCAAUGAGCCUGACCUUUUGAAUGAACUAUAUACUCGUCUGGAACAUAUCCAACCCACGAUACCCGAUCGUGUGUCUACACUCCUGUUGGAAUCUGCUGGGGUGCGUUUGGAGGCGGGUGAAGGCGACGUGCGAUUGGCGCGGUUGGUUGGUCUAGCUGCCGAGAAAUUCCUUUCCGACAUACUCUCCGACACUAUGGUUCACUGGAAGCUCUCAAAUGCCCAAAACACCGGUCUUCUCUCCAAAGCUGGAACUCCUGCCCCGAAAGAUGGGGUUAAUGCUCUUGCGCCACCGGAGGAUACCAAACCGCAAGUCCAGUCUAAGGCCUCGACAUCGGGAAAAGCAGAGAAGCGAAUCACGCUAACUGUGGAGGAUUUGUUAGCGGCCCUCCGUGAUCGAGGUAUUCAUGUGGCACGCCCACCCUACUAUGUAUGA